UUAAAACGAAUACGUUCACUCUAAAAUGCGCACAAAUCGAUGGUGCAAUAUCGAUAGUUGUAUACAACAAACAAGUUAAAGUAGCCGCCAUGGACGAAUCGUCUGGUAGCACAUUGUCUAACAUGGAACAGACUGCCUCUCUGCUCAAUCACAAUGUUAGCUUUAACAGCAGCAUGGAACUGACCCGAACGGCCGGCGAAGUCAGCGCCGGCUCCAUACCCGAUCUCAGCUUCUCACUGAGCGAAUCGGAACGGAGGAAGCUGAUGCUGCGCCAGACGCGGGCUGCCAACAGCACCAUGGAUCUGGUGAAUAAGCCGAACUGCAGCGCAGCUUUGGAGCAGAGCAGCUGGAUGGAGGAUGAUGAGGACGAGGAGAGCGAGAAUGUGAUAAGCAUAGAAGACACAAUGGAUGAGCACGAGCACACGAAGCAGAAGCAGCCAGAGGAAGAGGCCAUAAAGGAGGACAAGCAGCAGCAAGAGCAGCUCCAGCAUCAAGAGAAGCUACAGCUGCAGUUGCAGCAGUCUGACACGAAAGAGGAGCAGCAAAUGGAGACUGACGAGCCGCAGCAAGAGCCGCUGCAGGCGCAACCAGAGAAGAUCGAGGAACAGCUGCAGUAUGCCAACGUUUCCCCACCCCCAGUCUACUUCGAGCGGCAGCUCAUCGAGCUGGGACGCCGCUGCUGGCCUUCGAGCGCGCGGGCACAGCAUUAUACAAAAGGUUGCUAUUGGUCGCCGGACGGCACAUGCCUGCUGCUGCCCGUGCACCUGGACGGCAUGCAUGUUAUGGAGCUGCCAUUGGAUCUGUAUGAAGCCAGCAACAUCUCCACAGAACGGAGCCUGUCCAAAAUGCAAUCGGCUGUCCAUGUACCCGAAGGCGGCACCGUCUACGACUGUGUCUGGUUCCCCCUAAUGAACAGCCAACAACCUGAGAGUUGCUUUUGGCUGGCCACACGUCAACACGAACCGAUACACAUGUGGGAUGCCUUUGAUGGACGCUUGCGCUGCAGCUACAGCGGCUACGAUGAGGUGGACGAAGUGGUGGCUGCCAUAUCCCUACAAUUUGCCAACGACGGAGAGAAGAUCUAUGCGGGCUACAAGCGUUGCAUCAAGAUCUUCGACACCAGUCGACCGGGUCGCAGCUACGACGAAUACCCUGUAAAGUUUGCCAUCUCGUGCAUGGCUCAGAAUGCGGAUCAUCCGCACACAGUGACCUGCGGCAACUGGCGUGGCUAUAUACAGCACUUCGAUCUGCGCUGUCCCCCCAAGCAGGGUCCGCUCUUCACGCUGGGUGGCCACUCAGCAGGCAUCACCCAACUGCGCUACGGCGCAGACGCCUCCAGCAAUUGGCAGCUGUUCAGUGGUGCUCGCAAGUGCCCGAAGCUGCUGCAGUGGGACAUGCGCAACUAUAAGCAGCCUCUGCAUGAGUUCCAGCGUCGGGUCAACACCAAUCAGCGCAUCCAAUUCGAUCUGUGUCCGCAGCAACCCUGGCUAGCCAGUGGCGACACGGACGGCAACCUCAAUCUGUGGAAUCUCGCGGAUAGCGAGGAAAUCGAGGCCCUGCAGUUGCCCCUGCAUGAUGAUUGCUGCAAUGGCAUUGGUUUUCAUCCCAGCCUGCCCAUCCUGGCCAGCAGCUCUGGCCAGUACCAUUUCAUAGCCGACGACAAGCAGCAGAAGGAGGUGCACAACAACACGACUGUUGCAGGCUCUGAGGACUCAACGCAGGUGGAAGCAAAGUCUUCGGUUUCCUAUGAAAAUGCCGUAUUGUUGCUCUGGUGCGGUCCCAGCACUGAAAAUUAA